CGGCCAUGCUGCGCGCGCUCAGCGGCCUGGGCGCGCGGCCCCAGUGCCGGCCUUCUGCCCUGCUGUUGCUCCCCGCGCGCGGCCGCAAGACCCGCCACGACCCGCCGGCCAAGUCCAAGGUCGGACGCGUGGCGACCCCGCCUACGGUAGAUCCUGCGGAGUUCUUCGUGCUGACCGAGCGUUACCGGGAGUAUCGCCAGAUCGUGGGCGCCCUCAGGCUGGAGUUUGUGACCGAGGUGCGGAAGAAGCUGUACGAGGCCCGAGUCGGGGUCCUGGCCGAGCGCAGAGCCCAGGAGAAGGCCGCCGAGCACCGGGAGCUGAUGGCCUGGAACCAGGCGGAAAACCAGCGGCUGCAGGAGCUGCGGAUAGCGAGGCUGCAGCAGGAAGCGCAGGAGCAGGAGCGGCGGCGGGCGGAGGAGCAGGCCUGCCAGGCCCGAGAGACGCAGGCCUGGAUGCAGCUCAAGGAGCAGGAAGUGUUGCAGCUGCAGGAGGAGGCGAAAAACUUCAUCACCCGAGAGAACCUGGAGGCACGAGUGGAAGAAGCUUUGGACUCGCCAAAGAGCUACAACUGGGCUAUCACCAGAGAAGGACAGGUGGUCAGGCCACAGCACAAGGGAUCCUAGGGGCCCCAGAAGGACAGUGCCCACCCAGGGACCCUGUAUGUGUGAGGAUCAGAGAGUUGGGCCUGAUCUGAAGGAAAGCAGUUGGUGUCUCUUCUGAAGCUCAGCCGGCUGCAGUGCAGUCCUCACACUGGCUGCUGCACCCACCACUUGGUCGGAAACUCCCAAACACAGGCCCUGUUCUGCCCUCAGCAACGACCCUCAGCAUAGCACAUGCCCUAGAGUGGUUUCCACCUCACCGAGGAGGGGCUACGGUCCCCAGGCAGCCAGGUCAUCUCCUAUUAUCAAUGGCAGGAGCAGUAAACUACAGCCCAUGAGCCAAAUCUGGCCCACUGCCAACUUUUGUAAAUAAAGUUUUACUGGAACACAGGCGUGUAAAUUCAUUGACUACUUUUGCACUACAGUGGCA